AGAUCUGGCGGCAUUAGUCAGACUUUGUCAGGGACCGCAAGCACCCAGGCUGCUAUAAGACUAAUUGUAUCCCGAUUAACUUCCGCCUCUUCUCUUGUUAAAAUUUUGGUCGACUCUAAGUUUGGGCCAGACGAGUUUUACCAACGGUUUGUUCGGCAGGUUUCCAUUUGUUCUAUUUGGUCUUUGAACUCGCUUAAGGAAGGGAAUUUAUCUUUAAUGUUACGGCGCGUCUUACUGGAUGCUGCUCGUAGUUGA